AUGCCUCCCGUCGGUCUCGCAAUCAUUAUCGGGGCAGGUCCCAACACUGGCACAGGGAUAGCCCGCAUCCUCUCGCAUCCCAAGCACGGCAACAUGGCCGUAGCCCUGCUCGCCCGGCGGCAAGAGAACCUUUCCAAUGUAGCCUCAAAUCUCCAAAAGACCUCCCCAGGCAGCGUCGUAGAAACAUUCGCCACUGACACCUCACCCACCAACCUCAAAAGCACCUUCCAAUCCAUCAGAUCUCACAACUCGUUCAAAGACCUGAAGCUCAAAGUAGCAAUCUACUCUGUCAAGCACUCGAGCAAGAAACCUUUCAUGAAUGAGACGUAUGAAGAGUUUACGGGGAGUUUGGAACAGUACGUUGGUGGCGCGUUCACGUUUUCUCAAGAGGCGUUGAAGUUGUUUUUUGAGCAUCAUGGCGAGAAGCCACUUUCGGAGACAGGGGAGAAGAAGGGGACGUUGAUUUUUACCGGGACGCUGGGAGCGUUGCGGUGUAGUGCUGAGUAUGCGGCUUAUGGUGCUGGUCGUGCGAGUGUCAGGCAGUUGGCGCAGACUCUGGCUAGGGAGAUGAGUGCGAAGGGUGUGCAUGUGGUGCAUACCAUUGCGAAUGGUGCCAUUGAGGAUAAGGAUGGUGAGGAUCAGAGAAUAGGGAAGAAAAUGAGCGCUGAUGCUGUCGGGAAGACCUAUUUGUGGCUGUCUCAACAGGAGCCCGAACUGUGGACUCAUGAGCUAGAUAUGAGACCUGCUGCGGAGAAGUUCUAG